AUGGAUCCAGCAAGCAAGCGGUUUCUGGCAACAACGGUGGAUCAUGCUGCCCAAAAUGAGCCGGAAAGAGUCUUCGCUGUGGUUCCAAAUGGGAAUGAGCUUUCGGAUGGCUUCAUGAAAUUGACCAUGAAGGACACGGCUCGAGCUGUGAACUCCAUGGCUUGGUUUAUUGAAAGAACUAUCGGGGCCGGAGAGCCACGAGAGACGCUGGCUUACAUGGCCAGCAAUGACGCUCGCUACUGCAUUUUCAUUCUUGCCUGCCAAAAGACUGGCCAUCAGGCAUUCCUUCCUUCCACAAGAAACUCAGACGAAGCGUUUAUUCAUCUUCUUGAGAAGACGAACUGUUCCCAUUUCUUCUACGGCGAAGAAAGAAGCUCACGAGUCUUAGAAGUCCAGUCGCUCCGUCCGAGUCUUCAAGUCUUCCAGGUUCCAACAUUCAAGACGCUCAUCAGCGAUGAGAGCGGACUUUGUCAUUAUGCUUGUGAUAAGACUUAUCCGGAGGUCGAGAACAACACCACUUGCAUUAUCCACAGUUCGGGAACUACUGGCAUGCCAAAGCCAGUCUACCUCACUAAUGGGUUCAUGGCAACCCUGGACACCAUGUCUAAAAUCCCCUGGCCAGAAGGUCGCGAGUCAGCUUCCUUCUGGCACAUGUCCCAAGAAGAUCUUGUUCUAGCGACGACGCCCUUUUUCCAUCUCAUGGGUUUCUUCUCCUUUGCAAUGUCUAUUUUCCACAGUGUCCCGGUCCUAAUCGGCCUCGACAAGCCGCUUUCGGUGGGCUAUUUGGUUGAUCUUCUGAAAAUUACUCGACCCACAGCUGCGCUCCUGCCCCCAUCCGUCCUAGAAGAUAUGAGCCACGACGACAAGGCACUUGAGUGUCUGCGAGGUCUUAAGUCUAUUUACUUUGGCGGAGCUCCACUGUCCCCUGAGACUGGUGAGCGACUGCGCAAGUACACCAGAAUAGUUUCAGUCAUCGGAGCCAGCGAAAUCGGCUGGAUUCUCGCAAUGGUCCCAGAAAAUGCAGCCGACUGGUCCUACUUCGAAUGGAACCCUUCAUAUGGCAUCGAGAUGCAGAGUAUCGGUGAAGAUCUCUAUGAGAUGGUCCUCCGUCGCCAUGAGGGUCACCGUGAUUUCCAGGGAAUCUUCCAUACAUUCCCGGACCUCGACCUCUACCGAACAAACGAUCUCUACAUCCGGCACCCCACAAACCCUAACCUGUGGAAGUAUAGCGGCCGACAGGACGACGUGAUUGUCCUGAGCAACGGAGAGAAAUUCAAUCCAAUCUCUAUGGAGCUCAUCAUUGAAGGCCACCCGCUGGUUUCAAGAGCGCUUGUUGUUGGCCAGUCUCGAUUCCAAGCUGGUCUUCUGAUUGAGCCCAACCCAGACUCACCGGAAUUGGACUCGAAACUCUUCAUCGAAGAAGUCUGGCCGACUAUUCAAGCAGCAAAUCAGACGAUUGCUGCACAUGGACGAGUCAUGAAGAGUAAGAUUGGGUUUGCGUCCAAGGCAAAGCCAUUCAAGAUGACUCCGAAGGGGUCUACGCAGAGACGUGCUGUACUUCGAGACUACGAGAAUGAGAUCGAUGCAAUCUAUGAGGCUGGUCUGGAAGACGAACUGAAAGAAUGUCUUCCCGAAAUCCUUGAUGCGACCGGAGUUGCGACAUACAUUUGCCAGAUUGUCUCACGGGUUCUUGAGAAGUCGGAUGUACCGAUCGAACAGGAUCUGUACAGUCUCGGUCUGGACUCUUUGAUGACGAUCCAAAUCGCCAAGUCCUUGCAGAUUGGUAUUCAGGCGCGUCGACCAGGGCUAUUUCCAGCAGUCAUCACGGCCCAAACGCUUUACGCCAACCCCACGGUGGAGCGUCUGGCCAAGGUGAUUCUCAAUAUCUUGGAAGGAAAGUCUGAGGAUAUCGUUCCUCGAGAUGAGAAGAUUCAGAACUUGGUGGAAAAGUACACCGCCAAUCUUCCUGUUGAUCGCACUGCUCCUCAAGAUGGGCCGGUGUCUCCCUCCAGCAUUAUCUUGACAGGGUCCACUGGCUCGCUCGGUACAUACCUCCUACAUGAUCUUCUCAACAACCCAUCCAUCUCAAAGAUCUACUGUCUCAACCGCUCCGACGCAAAGAGCCGACAGAGGAAGAGCCUAGAAGAAAAGGGCCUGACCUUCGACUCCAGUAUCUUGGAAACAAAAGUCGAAUUCCUUCAAACAUCAUUCGGAGAGCCACAGUUCGGCCUUGACGAGGCCAAAUAUCAAGAGAUGCUGCAAUAUGUUGACACAAUCAUUCACAACGCCUGGAAAGUGGACUUCAACCACUCUGUCGAGUCAUUCGAAGACACCCAUAUCAGCGGCAUGCGCCGAUUCGUGGACUUCAGUCUGAAGAGCCGAUACAACGCCCACAUCCAUUUCGUCUCCUCUAUCAGCACAGUUGGCGGGUGGACUCCUCAGAUGGGUUCCUUGGUACCGGAGGUGCCGAUGGAAGAUGUCUCUGUAGUUCUUCCUCAGGGCUACGGUGAAUCGAAGCAUAUAUCUGAGCGUAUCUGUCUGGGGGCAUCUCGAAAGAGUCAUGUCCCGACCACUGUCUACCGUGUGGGACAGAUUGCCGGCCCGAAAACACCGAGUGGACAGUGGAAUCCUCAUGAAUGGCUUCCGACUAUUAUCUCUACUUCCAAGGCUAUGGGGAAGAUUCCAAACUCUCUGGGGUCUACGGCGGUGGACUGGGUGCCAGUGGACACGCUCGCCUCAAUCAUGAUCGAAAUCAUUCAUUCCAGACACAGAGACCAGUCAAAGUCCCCUUCAGCCUUCUUCCACCUCACAAAUACAAACAAGGUGGACUGGUCAUUUCUUGUUCCCACCAUCCAGCAAAAGUACGAUGUCACACCAGUAGACUUUUCUGCGUGGGUCGCCGAGCUCGAGGGUAUUUCAAAACCAACAAACUCUGAAGUGGCUGAAAAACCAGCUCUCAAGCUACUGAGCUUCUACCGUGGGCUUGUCGACGGGGCACAUGGUGCCAUGUCCGUUCCUCUUGAUGUACAGAAGGCGAAGCAGGCUAGCAAGACCAUGGAGGCUCUGGGUCCGGUUUCUGCUUCUCUGAUGCAGAACUGGCUGGAGCAGUGGAACUUUUAG